AUGCCUGCCAUCACUGCAAGGAACUUAUGUGCCAAAGACUGGCUGCAAGAGCAUCCCAGUGGUCUCAAAGUUGAAUUCAACACUUACUUCAAGGAUCUUUCAAAGGACUUGCAGAAGAAAUAUGCCUCGGAUGCCGCUAUCAUGAAACUCAAUGCAAAGGCCUAG